UGUUGAUUGCAUAUCUCUCUAUUUGCGUUGCUCUUGGUUUGUUUUGUUUCCUCUUUCUCUUUCAUUAGUUUUAUAUAUUUCAAAGCAAUUGAUUGCAUAUCUCUAUCUGUAGAAUAUGGGUGUUGGGACCUUGUGGAAAAAAUCUGUAGCUAUUACCAUUCAAUUUGCUUUUAUUUUGGUGGGUUAAUUUUGAAAACUAUCCUUACUGGAUAGAACUGAAUACCUUGAUAAAAAAAAUCUACCCCAUUUAUCAGUUAUUACUAAGAACCUACCCUCCUAAUCCAGGGGUGUAACUAGAGACAAAUCCUUUAUGGAUGGGUUUAUUAAAUAAGUUAAAAAUUCUUUGCUUAUUAUGUUCUGUGUAUUGCUUCUGUAAAUAUUGAGUCCAAACACUUAUAACAUGUUCUUUUAAAAAUAAUUACUAAAUUUAACAACUCAGCUUAUCAGUAUGAAUAAUAUUUCCUCUUUGUUUCCUUUUUGGUGUCAUCUUGGACCAACACUUGGGCUUAAUAAAAGGUCCAAUGGCAGCAACAUUCCUCCAAAUUUUCAAAAAAAAAAAAACCCAUAUCCUGAGAAUUCCCAUGCUGUGAAUAGAAGACCCGACCCGACCCAAAUCAAAGAAAAAUAGAGCACCCUGAUUUAAUGAAACCCCAACCUGUGAAUCCCAAGUCUGUAGUCUCUGUUGCAGUUUCAGAAACUCUAACCAUUUAAAGUGGUUUUGGCUCUCCACUCAUAUGUUUGACAAAAUUCCUUGGAGAACACAAAGUAUAAUACGGGGGAAGAUAAAGAGAGGCCAACAAAGCACAGAAUCUUCACAUAACAAUCUAGAUGUCAAUGGAGUCGUUGUCCAUCCUUCCUCAAAUUACCAUUACAAGGUCCUUUGUAAGUGAAAAAACUAGAACUAGAACUCCCUUUAAGCGGACACCACCUAAGUUUCUAGAACUGCCUAGAGGUCCCUCAGAAAGCAAAUAUUUGUUCAGAAGAAAGCUAUGUUUAAGCAAUGGAAAUGGUGAAAUCAGAAGAAUUCCACAUGUGCUUGGUGAUAGAGAUGGCGUGAUCAUUGUCGACCAUGGUUCGCGGCGCAAGGAAUCAAAUCUCAUGCUGAAUGACUUUGUGGCCAUGUUUAGAGAGAAAACUGGGUACCCAAUUGUAGAGCCUGCUCAUAUGGAGCUGGCAGAACCAUCAAUAAGAGAUGCGUUUGUUUCUUGCGUUCAACAAGGUGCAGAUCGUGUGAUUGUAAGCCCAUUUUUUCUCUUCCCUGGACGACACUGGCAUCAGGAUAUUCCUUCCUUAGCUGCUGAAGCUGCAAAAGAACACCCUGAUGUGUCUUAUAUCGUUACUGCACCUCUUGGUCUGCAUGAUCUACUUGUGGAUGUUGUUAAUGAUAGGAUCAAACACUGUUUAAACCAUGUCGCAGGAGAUGCUGACGAGUGUGCAGCUUGUGCUGGUACAAGCAAGUGCAGGCUUUAUUAAUUUAGAAAUUUACAUAUUAUGAAAAUGUCUUACUGUAAGAGGCUAUUUCACUGUGAAAUCUGAUGGAAGCAUCUUGCAAUUGAAUAUAUAUGGGUUAUGCAAUUGUGUUGUGGCCAUGAAUUUAAAGGAUGCUAGAUCAAAUGGAAAGAAAUGUUUUAAUGUUGUUGUGAUUCUUUUGUGAAGGCAUCCUAAACCACCAUGGGAGAAUUUGGUGGUGUUAGACAUGAAAUCUAUUUGCUUAAUUUUUUAGCUGAAAUGAAAGUUGUGUUAGUGGUGCUGAUC